GCUUCUUUCCCACGACUUUCGUGCUUCCAUUUUUCAGAGAACGUUCAUUUUCUAUUCAAUUGCGGUAUGAGUUGAAAAGUAAUAAUCUUCUGGUGAUUAUUCAGGGUGUACUAAUUUUAAUAAAGUUUUAGAGGUGAAAAAUUGUGGAUAUUUGUUAAGUUGGGUUUAAAAGUGCAGAAGAUAAUUAGCAAAUAAAUUGUCUAAUAAAAAUGUUUAAAAAACAAAAGUGAAAAAGAAACGCUGAAAAUUGAGGAAAAAACUUCACGUUUCAUGCCGGUGUGGCUGGUAUUGCAGAAGUAUAUACCGUUUUAUAUACAUAUAUAUAUAUAUAAAUUAUUUAAUUGAAGGCUGAUUGAGGCGGAGGCGAAAGGAAGUGAAGUUAAAAAUUGAAAAAUUAUAUAUUGGUAAAUAAUUGCCAUGGCUGACGGUGCCGUGCUAGAUCUUUAUGCUGAAGACCUGGAUAAAGAUUUUGCCGCGCAGAACCAGGAUGAAUUUGCUGGUGAAGGCGUUGAUUUAUAUGACGAUAUAGGUGGUCCGACAGAAUCUGCAUCUGUUACUUCAGGCGCGACAGUGUCUGCUAAUUCAGCUGAAAACGCGACGCCAGUGGUUGGCAGUGACACAGCCGGGAAUGGUGGCGGCUCAAAUGGUCUUUACCAUCAAGGUGGUGGUAGUUUAACACCUAAUCAUAUGGGCCGACGUUAUCAACUCUAUGUCGGCAACUUAACUUGGUGGACAACUGACCAAGAUAUUGCUAACGUUAUGCGUGAAAUCGGGGUAAACGACUUCCAAGAGGUGAAGUUUUUUGAAAACAGAUCGAAUGGUCAAUCGAAAGGAUUCAGCGUUAUAUCACUUGGAUCCGAAGCAAGCUUACGGCUAGUCUUAGAACGUCUGCCAAAAAAAGAGCUGCAUGGUCAAGCUCCGGUAGUAACGUAUCCAACAAAGCAGGCGUUGAACCAGUUUGAGAGUUUACAGAAGACACGUCCGGUACCACCGUCGCAACAGAAUGGACCACCACGUGGUCCCGCGCCUCCGAAUAUGGGCGUGGGUGGACCAUUGCCUCCACAUCCAGGUGGUCAAGGCGUACCUCCCGGUCAUCCACCACGUAUGAUGAAUCCCAAUAUGGCACCCGGUCAGUACCGCCCACAACAUAUGCCACAGGGUCCACCUGUAGGACCGAAUGCGGGCCCACCACGUAUGCAGGCGCCAAUGCAUCAGGGCGGCGGACACAUGGGGCCACAACAACCAUUGCCCGGUCCACCGCCACGCUAUCCGCCCAAUCAAGGACAGUGGGCGGCUACAGGACAGCCACGUCCGAAUGGACCACGUACAGGACCGCCAAAUGGACCUCCGCAGCGUCCUCAAAUGUUUCAAGGUCCACCAGGAGGAAUGCCGAUUCGGGGUCCACGACCAGACUGGAGUAGACCACCUAUGCAUGGAGGCUUUCCGCCUCAAGGUCCACCUGGUGGUCCACCGCAAGGACCUCCUCACAUGCAAGGUCCACCACGUGGUCCGCCUGGUGGCCCUCCUCAACUGGGCCCGGGCGGGCCUCCAGGAGGUCCUCAUGGAGGUCCUGGUGGGCCAGCACCACACGUGAAUCCGGCAUUCUUCGCUCAGCCGGGCGGCCCGCCUCAACAUCCGGGCGGUCCACCCAUGAGUGGUCCCCCCCACGGCCCUCCUGGACCGCCGCAACAGGGAAUGGGUAUGCCACCACAGCAUGGCCCACCACCUCAUUUUGCCCAACAAGGGGCACCUCGCGGUCCAUGGCCGGGUCCUGCUCCAGCGAAACCACAAGGUCCGUUUCCAGACCAGACAUUAGGCCCCCAGUUAACCGAAGUAGAAUUUGAAGAGAUCAUGAGCAGAAACCGUACUGUAAGCAGUUCAGCUAUAGCCAGGGCCGUUUCAGAUGCAGCAGCUGGUGAAUAUUCCAGUGCGAUUGAAACUCUGGUCACGGCUAUUUCUCUUAUCAAACAGUCGAAAGUGGCGCACGAUGAGCGUUGUAAAAUAUUGAUCAGCUCUUUGCAGGACACCUUGCAUGGCAUCGAAACAAAAAGUUACAAUCGCAGAGAGCGUUCACGAUCGCGAGAGCGGACCCAUCGCCCUAGGCAACGCAGGGAGCGUUCAUCAUCUCGUUAUAGAGAGCGCUCACGUGAUAGGGAGCGUGAACGUGACCGUGAUCGUGAAGGAGGAUAUAGGGAACGUUCUAGAAGCCGAGAACGUGAACGUCCCGUCCCAGAUCACUAUAGAGAUGAUAGUAGCUCCAGUCGUUCUGCACGUCCACGUAAAUCUCCUGAAGCCAUCGCGGAGGUAGUAAGUGAUGUGCCAUCGAAACGCAGUUAUUACGAGGAGCGUUAUCGAUCAUCAGAUCGUGAUCGUGAGCGCGACAGAGAACGGGAGCGAGAGCGUGAUAGAGAUCGGGAUCGGGAAAGGGACCGAGAUCGGCGUGAGGAACAUCGCUCGCGGCACUGAAUAGACAGUGGGGCAAAAGAGUAAUCCAAAUCAACGCUUGCAACAAAGUAAAUAAAUAUACACAACAAGAAAGCAAUCAACGGUACUUUUAAAAGUCGUACACUUUGAUUGCGUGCAAUGCAGAAAUCAUAGGAAAAUAAUCAACCACGACAGGCUCCAUAGCAAAGUUUGUUUGCGAAUUUUCACUUUCAAUUGAUUACCAUUAUUUUUAAUAGAUUUAAAUGAUCUAAACAUGCAAAAUAUAAAAUAACAUAAUUUUAAUGGAAUCGCAAAAUGCGGUUUCAGGAUAGACGACUUCGAAUGGAAAACAGAAUUAGCUCAGCGGAAUCGUCUUGAUAAAAAUAUAUAAGGAAAUAUACAUACAUAGAUGUAAACUCUUAAGUCGGAAACUAUCAAUUUGAAACGCGUCAUGCAAAUCUUCAAUCAAGGUUUUAGCAGGAAUAUAUCCAGCAAUAUUUUUGAAGGAAAAGCGGUUAUAUUACAUACUUGCAUUACGCAGUAUAUAUACAUACAUGAACUCAAGAUUUAUUAAGUGGAAUUGUAACAACUGGCGGCAUCAGUAAAUAGCGAUUGAUUAUUUGCGAAAUCUUUCCUGCGCGUUCACAUCAGAAGAAGAUUGUAUAUUGAUAUUUCCAUUUAUUAAUAAAAAAAAUUAAAAUGUUAAAUUGCAAACUACUGUAUUAUUGUCUUUUAUGCUGAAUUACCUAUUUAUAUAAUUAUAUAAUCACUCUUAUAUACGAAUGUCUUUACAUAUUUAGAUGCACCACUGUUUCGUGCGACAUUAUUAUUAUUGUUAUUUAUUAUUUAUCAGCCCUAUAUUUAUUAUUAUUGUUAACUUCCUUCUCAUUAUAAUAUUGUUUUCAUUGUUUAUUUUUAUUUGAAUGUAAAAUAUCCGUGUACUAACAGUAAACGUCGUAACACCCUUCUGAUUGCACACAGAACUAACAAACAAACUUUAUACAUAGAUUUCCUGCCGUAUAUAUUGAUAAUUUGAUACUUUCGAUUUUCUUUAAGUACCUAGAUCUGUAAAUUAAAAAUUUUCGGGAAAAGGUUUAUAUUCUGACUUUUUGUUUGUUAUCCCCUAGGCAUUAUGAAUCAUUUGUUUAAACAUUAAUAUAUAAUUUUAAUCACUUAUGUAUAUUCGAAGUUGCCUACCCAUAUUUCCAUUUCAUGUAAACUCCAAGGAAAAUUAUGUUUACUGGAUUUGUAUAACGGAAAUAACUGAAAUUCCAAGUGAUUUUAAAAUGUUUAACAAGACGGUUGUAUAUUAUUUUCAAGUUAGUAUCCUUAUUAUUAGGCUAAAAAGUGAUGAAUUUGUAGAGUCACACUAUUACGUAUUUUUAAGUGGCCAAUAUAAUGUAUUUGACAAAAAUUAGUUUCGCCUUCAUUUCUUCCAAACUGUCCAACGCUUAUACACCAUAGAUAUAUAUCUAUUAAGCAAUUUGUAAAAAAACAAAAUCAAUUUAAAAUGUACGAGUUUACCAGUUGUUGGAUAUCCUUGAGGCAAAAGAUUUGCAAAAUCUAUUAAAAUAUUUAAGUUUAUAUUUUUGAGAUGCAUUAAAUUGUGUAUUAUUUGUUUAUGAUUUUCAAUCAUACAUUUUAAUCAAUCAAUUUAGAUAUUCUGAAGACACACUUUAUUCCCUUCCUUUCUUAAUUUUAAUCUUAACGCUGGAAACGGUAGUGCUCAUGGUAGCUUAUAAUGCAAUGUUGUUUAUUUUAUUUUAUUAACUACUAUUUUUUUUUAGUUGCGAACGGUCUCAUUUUACCUUUCAAAUCUCACAUUAAGAUGUAUCAAAUACAUUGCUACCCUACCUACUUAAAGCUAAAUUCUAUAUUAAUAAUGAGAACUAUUUAUUUACAAUCUUUAUUUUUGUAAUUUGAAGUUUUUCUAUAAUAUAAUGUAUAUACUUGUAUGAUCUGUGAUAUGAUACGGUAAACAUGUGUGCCAUCUGUGAUGGUUGCAUUGCUACCGGUGUAACUAUAAAAUAUUGAAAUAAUUUAUUAGACGCAGGUAAAAUACUCAGUAUUCAUAUUGAAUAAGUGGUAUAUGUAAAGCUAUAGCUAUCGGAUGUAUAAGGAAUACAAUCUUUGAAAAUGGUGAUUAAAUGACUGGUAAAAUCGGUAGCAUGGAAAUAAUAGAUUCCAGCACUUCUUCAUCCGAUAACUUAGGCAUUAGCAUUGUUAUUUUUUUUCUAUUCUAAAUCGAAACGUAUUGAUGAAAUUUAAUUCAAAUUGAACUGUUAAAAAGUUUUUUAUUGCCAUUUGAACAAAGUUUUAUGUAUUUGAACAAUUGUAUUGAAAAGACAUUUUAAUUGUAUCAGCAUCAACUAUUGUUACAAACAUAAAACUUGGUGCAUAUGUAUGUACUCUCUAACAAGAAACCACGCUCCGCGCUCAAAAUCCAGUAAUUGGAGUUGAACAGACAGUUUUUAUUGUUAAUAUUUGUAAAACUUAGUGUUUUUAUUUUAUUAAAGCAAGAAAGAAAAUACA